GAAUGUUCUCUCAAGUCCUUGAGACGCAAUAAAACUGAUAUGCAUUCGGGACAACUUUCGAAUAGCGCCGUGGAAUCAGAUGCGCGACGCCUACGUCCCGCUCAGCGAGUCUUCUUUUCUGGCAUAUGCUCUCAAUCAGAACUUAUGCAUGUCUGGCUUUCUCUUCUGGAGUUUGAUGAUGAUUUCGCUCGUGUGCUCGAUAUGCAGGAAGCUGUUGCAGAACGCUUUCGCGAAAAUAUUCGUAAUGAAAUUUUUGAAACGCUAUCUGCAGACGUUCCUGACCCGCUCAAAGAAGACAUGGAUCGCGCCCAACUCCACGCCGUUUUCAGCCACCUAUUUAGCGUAGUUUCGUCGCCGUCGACGUCUUCGACCUCGACAAACUCAACCUCUGAAAGAUCCCCCUGUCGCGAUCUAGGUAAUCUGUCGGUCCGAGAUCCGGACGGAUCUUUCCGAUGUCUCGUCUGUAAUUAUAAAUCCAACAGGAACAUGAAAACACAUCUCAGGACCCAUACAGGGGAACGUCCAUAUGAGUGUGAGUAUUGCGGGAAAGGAUUCACCGUUCGAAGUGUCUUGAUGAAUCACGUCCGCGCCAUCCACACCAAGGAACGUCCAUUCAAGUGUGAGAGAUGCGGACAGGGUUUCACGGUCAAAGGGAGCAUGGAAUCACAUGUUAGGCGUCACACCGGAGAGAAACCGUUCCAGUGCUCUGAGUGUGGUCGAGCCUUCGCUCAGCGAGGGAUUCUCUAUCGCCACUAUCGAGAGGUCCACCAGAACUUCAAAAGGAACAAUAUUCUGAGCUCAUCAUCGUCUAAUCCUGGAUUCUUCCGUCUUGAAGAAGGAAAAGGCCGCGUUCGGAAACCAAAUCGCAAAUACGAAAUGUCGCCGCAUUUCCGCGUAGUUGAUGCAGAGGAAUCGGUCGACUCGAUUCUGCCUUCGUUGGAAGAAGGAGAACACUACACCUACGACCCGAACGCUCGCAUGCACUCGUGUCGAUACUGCCCGUACACCUCACCGCAACGAGGCCACAUGACCUGUCAUGUACGCACGCAUACCGGGGAGAAGCCUUUCGAAUGCGCGAUGUGCGGUAAAUCGUUCUCUCAGAAAAGCAUCUUGACCCGUCAUCUCAAGCUGACGCAUAAAGUGCCGGGUGUGGGAAACGUGGCAGCAGUGACCUGGUAUUCUUAG